AUGGAAAUCGACCCUUCUCUCAAUGUCGAGGAACUGGAGGAGGAUAUUGUCGGUGCCGAUGAAGCCGCCAGGUCCGCUGAUUUUCGCCGCACCCUCACCAACGUUAUGAGUUCCUUUCCCGGAGUCGAUGAGUAUAUGUCGUACACAGAGAUCUUCCGCCUCGUGCGGACUAUGGAUUACUCGGUUGUAGUAUUCGACACCGCACCCACCGGGCACACCCUUCGUUUACUGUCCUUUCCCGAUCUAAUGGAGAGCGGGCUAAAUAAACUGAUCAGCUUAAAGAGUUCUGUGAGUUACCUCUGAAGUACACGCACUCGUAAUUCCUGCUCCCGGAUUUUUUGGACUUAUGUGUUCUUGACUGCUAUUUCUCCUAGAUUGCCCCUAUCCUGAACCAGAUGAUGUCGUUCAUUGGCGCCGGAAACCCCAUGGGCAAUGAAGACAUUUCCCAGGUCCUGGAGAGCCGUCUGCCUGUUGUGCGGGAAAUCACUCGGCAAUUCAAGGAUCCUAGCCAGACAACUUUCGUCUGCGUUUGCAUUGCAGAGUUCCUGAGCAUGUAUGAAACGGAACGACUUGUCCAGGUAAUACUAAAAAUCUCGUGAUUCUUGGUAUAAUCAUUCUUUAUUUCGUCCGUAAAUGGGGGUUAUCUCAAUGUUUUUCUACGGUACUGAGACCUAGAAUGCAUCUGCUGUCCGAUUUAGGCUCUAUCGGCCCAAGAAAUCGAUAUCCACAACAUUAUUGUCAACCAGCUGCUUUUCCCCAAUCUUCCUAUCGACGGCGGCGAUGUAGCGAAGGGCAAACCAAUCUCCGACUGUCGAAUGUGCCUAGCACGCCACCGGAUCCAGUCUAAGUACCUGGAGCAGAUUUUGGAAUUGUACGAUGACAUGCAUGUGAUUCAGUUGCCUCAGUUGGAGGAGGAGGUACGGGGAGUUGACAGGGUACGCGCCUUCUCCAAACACCUUCUCACCCCAUUCACUAGACCUGCGCUGAAGUAG